AUGACACGACUGUGGACGACGACGGCGACCGGCGCGUGGCUGCGGCGACGAGGCGCGCGCCUCUCGUCCACACGGUCGCCGCACGCCGCAUCCUACGACCUCGUGGUCAUCGGCAGCGGUCCGUCCGCCACCCAGUGCGCGCUCGACUCGGCCAAGCAGGGCAAGCGCGUCGCCAUUGUGGACAAGAAGACGCGGCUGGGCGGCGUGUGCGUGCACACGGGCACGAUCCCGUCCAAGACGUUCCGCGAGGCCGUGCUGCACCUCUCGGGCUACCGGCACCACGGCUUCUACGGCAAGUCGUACAGCAUGAAGACCGUCACGAUCGAAGACAUUUUGUACCGCGUGCAGCGCGUCGUGAGCUCGGAAGAGGACGUCGUGCGCGCGCAGCUGAAAGCCGCGCGGGUGGACGUCAUCCCCGGCUUUGCGCGCUUCGAGAGCGCGCACGAGAUCUCAAUUGUGCCGGAGGAAGGCGGCGACGGCCUUCGCGGCAGCAGCGCCAAGUCCGAGACGGACCUGCGCAGCGACGUGGACGCGCGGUCCCGUGUACGGGCGGACAAGUUCCUCGUCGCCUGUGGCACGCGGCCCGCGCACAACCCGCUCGUGCCGAUUGACGGCAAGAUCGUGAUCGACAGCGACCAGAUCUUGAAGCGUGGCAUGCAUCAGCUACCGCGCUCGCUCAUUGUCGUGGGCGCUGGUGUCAUUGGCAUGGAGUACGCGUCCAUGAUCAACGUGGUGCCGGGCCACUCGGUCACAGUUGUGGAUGCGCGACCAGACAUCUUGUCCUUCUGUGACCGUGAAAUCAUCAGCAACCUCACGUACGAUAUGCAAAGCAACGGCGCACGCUUUCUGCUUGGCGAGACCAUCAAGAACGUCGAGACGACAGAUAAGCGAGUGAAGGUCUUCUUCAACAGUGGAAAGGUUCUCAGUGCCGAUGCGCUGCUCUACACGGUGGGUCGUCAAGCGAGCACGGACGGACUGAACCUGGAAGCGGUGGGACUCUCGCGCAAUCACCGUGGCCUCAUCAAUGUGAACAAGAACUACCAGACCGACCAGCCUCACAUUUAUGCCGCCGGGGAUUGCAUCGGGGCGCCAGCGCUUGCAUCCACGAGUAUGGAACAGGGUCGCCUGGCGUCGUGCCACAUGUGGGACGUCGACGAGGAGCACGCAGGAACAAGUCAGUUGGAAAACGGCAAUUACCCGUAUGGCAUCUACACGAUCCCGGAGAUCUCGAUGGUGGGUCAAACGGAGCAGCAGCUCACGAAGGACUGCGUGAACUACGAAAUUGGAAUUGCCAAGUACUCGGAGUUGGCAAAGGGCCAGAUGAUGGGCGCCAUGGCGGGCGGUACCCUGAAGAUCUUGUUUGACCCUGAUACGCUCAAGGUACUCGGCGUGCACGCCAUCGGAGAGGGCGCUACGGAGAUUAUCCACAUCGGACAAGUUGCAAUGGCCAUGGGCUGUUCAUUGACGUACUUCCGCGAUGCGGUGUUCAACUACCCAACACUAGCGGAGGCCUACCGCGUCGCCGCGUUGAACGGACUGGGCCGUCUCAGUCGCGACGUUGGAGAACACUGA